AUGGCGGGGGCUGGGGGUCCCCUACGCCUCCGCGACUGGCUGGUGGCGCAGAUCGACAGCGGGCGCUAUGCGGGGUUGUGCUGGGAAGACUCGGGCAAGACCUUAUUCCGAAUUCCCUGGAAGCACGCGGCCAAAUUGGGCUACAAGGCGCAGCAGGACGCAGCGCUCUUCAGGGCCUGGGCAGUGUACAAGGGCAAGCACCUGGAGGGCACUGACAAGGAGGACCCCACCACCUGGAAGACGAGACUCCGCUGUGCCCUCAACAAGAGUGCUGACUUCUGUGAGGUGCGUGAACGCAGCCAGCUGGACAUCUCCAACCCCUACAAGGUCUACCGGAUUGUAUCAGGUGCCCAUGGCCCAGUGACCAAAGCCUGUGCUCUCCCUGAAGAGAAGGGCAGUCCCCAGAGCCAGCAGGAGCCUCCUGGGAAAGUGAUGGGUCAGGCCGGCAGAGCAAACCAGGGGGGACAAUCUGGGAACUUCUGUGGUCCAAAGGUCUCCUCUCCCACCUUCAUUCCCCAUGCUCAGGAGUGUUCUGGAUUCCUCACAGAGGAUGAGGAAAAGGAGGACUCCCUACCACUUGCUGCCCCGCUGCCUCGUCCUUUGGCUGAUCACAGGUACCAGGCACAGGCUCCCACCCACUCCUGGGGCCCCAAGCACUCUGAAGAUUUCAGCAACCCAGAUUGCUGGCUGCACGUGCGACUGUUCUAUGGCGCCGAGCUGGUGCUCGAGGCCACCGCGCGCACGGCCGAAGGCUGCCAUCUGAGCCCGCCCUCCACUGCCGCCGAACACCUGCUGGAGCCGCCGCGCAUUGCGCAAAUUCCCUUCCCAGAACCGCCUUCCGGGGCCCCCGCGCUGCGCUACCUACUGCCCCACUUGAAGCGCGGCGUGCUGUUGUGGGUGGCACCCGAGGGCGUAUUCGCCAAGCGCCUGUGCCAGGGCCGGGUGUACUGGCGCGGCCCGCUCGCCCCACACCGCGCGAGCCCUAACAAGCUGGAGCGGGAGCUCACUUGCCAGCUGCUGGACACACGCCGCUUCCUUGUGGGAUUGUGUGCCCACCUACAGGAUGGCCAUCCAGAACCUGAGUACCAGAUCCGUCUGUGCUUUGGUGAGGAGUACCCGGGCCCUCCAGGACAGCCAGAGGAGCGGCUUGUCAUGGCCCAUGUGGAGCCUGUCUUCGCCCGAGAGCUUCUCCUACACUCCAAGCGCCUGGUCCUCAACACCCCGGUGGGCCCCCAGCCCAGCAUCCCUGAGGCUGUCAUCCACCUGUUGACACACCUGAGUCAGCACUGA